CCAGGCCUGCCGCUUCGGUCGCCCUCGGAGUUUUCCGGAUCCGUCGAACGGCUCGUGUGUUCCCGCCCGCCCGCUCCGAACACCGGCCGCGGACAGGUGUGUCCGUCCAGGUGAGCGGGUUCCCCCCGCGUGCGCGACUGUCUGCGUCAUUAAAAAAAAGAGCAAACUCACAAACGCCGCUAACACCGACACGCCCGACCUGUGGAGUUACCGUCUGUGCUGCGGCGGGUCACCACAGCCACCACCCAACAACUGAGCUGCGACUGUACCGACGCCGCCGCGACGCAGUCUCUCCCCCCCCCCCGAGCGCGCGCUCUCCCACGGCGGUCCGGUCGUGUCGCCCCCUCGACGAGGGCGUCGACGCGUUUGUUGUCUUUGAACUAUUCGGGCGACUUUUUUUCCUCCGAGCUGACGCGCAGACGGAAGCAGCAACGUCCCGAGGAGGAGCGUCCACCCCCCCGCCGCCUCCACCCCCCACCCCACCACCACCGCGGUGUUUAUUACAGGAGAGGACGCACCAGCAGCCGGGGACCAGACUCUGAGACGGACGCACGAGAGCAGUCAUGUUCGAGACCAGAGGAAUCCCCUUCGUCCUGCUCGACAUCGCCUGUCUGAUUCUAGCUGGACUGCUGUUUGUAAUACUCAAUGUGCAACACAAGCCUUUCCACCGGGGCUUUUUCUGUAAUGAUGAUUCAAUCAAGUACCCCGAUAAAGAGGAGACCAUUUCCUAUCAGUUGUUAGCAGGUGUCAUGAUUCCCGUCGUAAUACUCACUAUGAUCUUGGGGGAGUGCCUCUCAGUUUAUCUAAAUCGCAUCAAGUCCAAGUCGCCUUACGGCAGCUACGUCGCCUCUGUGUACAAAGCCAUCGGCACCUUUCUCUUCGGUGCCGCCAUGAGCCAGUCUCUGACCGACAUAGCAAAGUAUUCCAUCGGCCGGCUCAGGCCGCACUUCCUGGACGUUUGCAAGCCUGCAUGGAAACUCAACUGUUCAUCGGGGGCUUAUAUUGAAGACUUCACGUGCACCGGAGACCCGACGAAGGUCAACGAGGGCAGGCUGUCCUUCUACUCGGGCCACUCCUCUUUCUCCAUGUACUGCAUGCUGUUCCUGGCUCUCUACCUGCAGGCCCGGCUCCAGGUGGAAUGGGCGAGGCUGCUCAGACCCACGAUCCAGUUUUUCCUGAUCGCCGCCUCGGUCUACACAGGGUUGUCGAGAGUGUCCGAUUAUAAACACCACUGGAGCGAUGUGCUGACUGGACUCCUGCAGGGGGCCCUCAUGGCGAUCCUGGUGGUCUUCUGCGUGUCAGACUUUUUCAAGCCACGCGUGGAUUCCCACAAAGAGCUGGACAUGAUGCACACGACCCUGCAGGAGAACCCAACCAACGGAAACCACUUUGAGAGUCCAAACUAAGCUAAGAGGCGAGAGGUGGAGGAGGAGGAAAUCUCUGCUCUGUCCAAACGCACACCCAGGAUCCCAGCUCCCUAGCCUUUCAUCUCACCCAAAUUCUCAAACAAUAUGCUGCAUGGAUUUACGGUGUGGAGUGUUGUUUUUUUUUUUUUUAAAUCAAGUUAAAUAUCGGACGACUCCCAGAAGAGACUUUUUUAAAGCUUCACCUCAGGCCUAUUCAGAUUUUGAAACCUUUAUUUUUUUUAGGGCAAUUUGCUGUUAGUCCACAUGAGACAACCUGUUCAACCCAUGUAGACACGGUAAACGACUGAAUCGGAUGCAAGUAAGGGGGCAUGAGAUUCUGCGAGGACGGGAACCAUCAAUCUACUGAGCCAGUGGGAAGACUUACUUGCAUGCACUCACUAUAGGGUCUGACCACUGCUGGGGGAGAAGAGGAGGGUUGUGAACCCGUGAAUGUAAACCUGAUUUGUGCUUUUCCUGACCUGGAGUCGGUCUGCUCAAAGAUCUGAUGUAGGCUCAGUUUUAGUCUCACAACAACAACUCUGCUGCCUUAUUGAAACAAAGGGCUGAUUGUUAAGAGUAAAGUUUGUUUCUUAAUGCUAGAACACGCCGGAGGCUAAAGCUGAUCCUAGACCAGAGGGCGAUGUGACGCUGCUUUACAUCUGCUGACUCCAGGCCCACGCCGCUGUCGUCCGACUCUCCGACCCUCUAACCUCACGCAGUCGAGGAGGUUAGAGAGCUGAAGAGUCGACGAGUUGUAUGAGUCCUGCGUUGCCUUUGCUGGACUGCUGCUGCUGCUAUCACAGCUUCCUGUGUAUCUACAGACUGAUAUAAACAUCAAGUGAAUAGACAACAAUGUACUUUUUGUAUAAUCUGUAUGUAAAAACAAGUCAACACACAGACUUUUAUUGAAAAUGUUACAAAUAUGUACAAAUGUCUAAAAUAAGGAGAAAAAUAAAGACAUUUCACUUAUUAACAUGAAAACCAGUGAAAUAUUACGUAUCGGAUGUAUUAUGUCGUGAGCCGCCACUUAAAAUUAAAGCAUAACUUGUUUACUUUGCCA